CGACCUAAGAAAGUUGGGUUGCGUGACAAAAUAUCGUUCCGCAAUGACGUUUGUAAAUUAUUGCACCAAUCAAAUUGACAGCUUAUGUCCGCAUAAGCUAAGCAUUAAACACAUUUUUUGAUCUGAACGAUAUAUAAACCAAACACAAUCCCCAGAGUGCACUUUAUCAAAAUUCUUUAUUUUAUUAUAAACAACUUACUUUAAUUUUAAAACACUAUGAAAAAAACACCUGGAACAAAUAAGUUCCGUGCAAAACCUGCCUUACCGCCUCAGGAGCAAACGUGUGUGUUAUGUAAAUACAGUACAAUUAAUCGACACUCUUUUAAAGUGCAUCAACGAUCAGGACACCACUUAGAACUUCUGGAGGCGAUUCAGUCCAAUCAAGGAUCACUACCUGCCAAUGACAUCCAACAACAGAAUACCUCUGACGAACAACCUACUAUCCCGCUAAGCGAAUCUCGUAGUUCUGAUAUGGAGUCCAUUGAAAGACCAAUCCAACCUGAACGCACUGCCGAACCAUUGUCUGAACCUGCAAAUGAAUUUGAUGAAAAUCAAUAUGAUGAUUAUGAUGGUGACGGUGAUGAUGAUGGGCGUGAUGAUGGUGAAGAAGAAUUCGAUGGUGGUAAUGCCUUUGACCAUUUCAACAAUGAUUUUAACAACGGAGGGGAAUCUGAUGAUGAUAGCGAAUCUAAUGAACCUCCCGUUCCUGUUAACGACGUCAACAACGGCUCUAAUGGUGAUGGUGGUGAUGGUGGUGAUGAUGGUAAUGAUGAAUAUCUUGAUUUGAGUGGUGAUGUCAACGACAAUCCAGCAUAUCCUUUCAAAAAUGAAUACAUAAUGCAUGCCCUUCUUUUCUUCAAGUCUGGUAGCUUUAAGUAUUCAGAAGUCCAAAUCAAAUCAGUUCUUGAUUUUGGUAAAUAUAUGGCUGAAAUUGCAAUCAAAGAGUACAGAGCUCAACUAGCUUUGGAUCCUUCUGAUGUUAUUUAUGAUUUCCGUGGUUAUCCCACUCCCCACAGCGUUUCCAGAUUUCACAAAUCCAAGAAAAGUUGUAUACCUUGUUUUCCUCAUGCUCCCCAUUGUGCGAAAGAUGAUAACGGCGGACUUCUUGUCGAACCUACUGAACCUGCCACAUCAACUAGCACAUCUGGUACUGCUACAGCAGCUGACGCCUCUGCUCCUGCUCCUGCCUCUACCUCUGCUCCCGCCUCUACCUCUGCUCCUGCCUCUACCUCUGCUUCUGCCAAUACCUCUGCUCCUGCCACUGAUCCUGCUGCAACAACAAAUACAACUGCUUCUGCACCCGCUGUUCCUGUUGUUGUCGCAUCAAAGCCUGACUUGUUUCUUAAUGAUGUAUCUGAACACUUGCGACUUCUCGUAGGUAAUCCCUGUAUGUCUGGUUUCCUGUCAGAUCUUCCUGAUCGAACACCUAACCAACGAAUCAAGCUAAGUCAAGGUGAAAAGUGGAAUUGUGAUAGAUUGUUUGAGCAUCCUAUGAUAAUUACUGGUCCAAAUCUUCAACUCUGGGUAUCGGAUAAAGUCUCUUUGCUGUCUGAGAGCAAUAUUCCUCUUCGUGAUCGCCAUUAUUUUAAAGUGGCCAAGAUAUUCCAAAUAUCAAAAGUUGUGAACGUUGAUUUGUAUCCAAUUAAAUCCGAUAAUAAUCUUGAAAUGUGCUGUUUAUACGACAUCCUUCUCCACUGUCCCAUAACCGACCUUGACAUCAAUAAUGUCUUUCGUGCCGAACAUGAAUCCUUCGAUGCAUUUACUAGCUUACAACAAAUAAAUGGUGACGAUUAUCUUUGUUCUAGAGAUGUUGUUGCUAAUACUCGAUUGAUUCGCGCUCAUCAUGACAUGAUUGAUACUGGUAAUAAGUACAAGCGUCCACUGCCCAUUAGAUCACGUAUAAGAAGCAUAAAUCCCAAUUCGCCAAACUACCAGGUCGUUAGAGUAAUUCCGUACAACCUUUUCUCUGAUGAUACCAGUGGUAAUUCCACAUCAAAAUGGAAUUGUUUCGAUUCGUGGUCGAUGAAUCCUGCCGCUGUUCCUCUUAGUGUUGCCAAUCAUUAUUUGAAUCAAUUUUUUAUAUGUGGAUCAAAUCGCCAUACUGCUAUGGAACAGUUGCCUUCCCUUGUCCCCGAUUUAAAGAAACUGGAAACUGGUCUGCCGAUGUUUGAUGCUAUUCUCAAGGAAGAAGUCUUUGUUGUUGCUCCUCUUUUGUUUAUCAAGGCUGACAAUCCUCGUCAUGCCGAGGUUUCUUGUUUGAAAGCUUCAACAGCUACUUAUCCGUGUAGAAAAUGCUUCUGGUGUCGACAUGCUGAUGCUUUUGAUCCUAAUAGAAUUACCACGGCCGAAGAACACAUGUCAGUUCCAAGAGAAAAAGGUCACUGGAUGAGUUUAUUUCCAAGCGAUGACUCGGAUAGUACUGAUUUCUCGAUACGUGUUCGUAACAGACAGGGUGAUUAUAUCAUGGUCGAAAACUUGAUGGACCUCGGCUUCAAGGAAACUGCUGGCAAAAGGCUUUUGACGUUGUCUUCUUGGGAUCCUAGCAAGGAUACACCGGUAGAAAUUCUGCAUGGCCUAUGUCUCGGUUUAAUCAAAUACACGUUCAACAAAGCUGCUGAUUGCUUUUUCAACAAGAAGCAGGUUGAUCGCAUUAGUAUUUUGUGUGCAAAGUAUGGGUCUAAGGCUUUUACCAAUUUGUCGACGCAUCUCAAAGGAUACAAAAGCUUUCUUGGAAGAGACUUCAAACUUAUGAUUCAGAUGCUCCCAAUUGUUCUCAGAGUUGCUCGUGGCCACAUUGAUUUCCUCAACCUUCGUAAUGAUCAAUUCCACCGAAUGGAUAACGUUAUUAGUACUUUUGACAAGCUUGGUGAGCUUUGCUCAUUGUGUUAUAACUGUGAAAUACAUACCAACUUUUCUGCCUAUCUCGAUUUAUUGCGUCAAUCCGUUGAUGAUACUGUUAUUGCUCUGGAUAACCUUGAUCGUACCGUUGUUCCCAGUAACCGACGUACUCGUGGAGAGCCAGCAACAGCAACGACAACUGCAUCAGUGCCCAGUCAAACUACUUCUGAAGAGAUCUAUGGUCUUUCUGGUGAACAAUCUAAUGGUGCUACGAUUCCAUACGCCAAAACUGGUGGUCCAUUGUGUAAUCGUUUAAAGACUCAUUUGAUAGUCCAUUUGGUAGAGGAUUGUCUUCGAUUUGCUUCUCCUGUGCUUCUCGCAACUGAAAAGAACGAGCAAUUCAACAAACACAUUAGGGCAAUUGUCAUGAAGACCAACAAACAAAACCCUUCUCGUGAUUUGGCUCUUAUUAACGGUCGUGAGGUAAUGCUGAGAAGUAUUGCGAUGGGUCUUGUUUGGGAUAACGGUAUGAAAACUCGUGGUAGUCUGGUCAAAGCGUGGUUCGAUAGGUACAGUGAGGACAUGUACUAUUCUGCUAAUCGGGAAUUCGGCAGUACUGAAUAUAUUGCUGGAAAGAAGAUUGCUUUGAACAUGACGGCUAUUCUCGAUGUUGACUUGGAUUCUCGUGGGGCGCGUCGUCUGCUUGGAAAGGUGGUAAAACUUCGCGGCGAUCAGGCUAUUGUUGAGGUGUAUGAACUUGUUCCCAGGCCAGCCUUCGUGAUUCACGAUGAUAGUAGCCUCAUUUCUGUCUAUCAAGCUGACGAAGGUGGUAAUCUCCUCACCAAGAAAACUGAAGAAAUCUUGGACUUGCUGAAGUAUAAACUGACUGUGGUGGAAUUACUUGACAUGUCUCAGGAAACUGAGAUUGACACUGUCAAGUAUUCUCUUAUCAACAAGUGCAAGUUCGGUACUUUCUGGUGGCUCCAUAACACUAAUCGUUAUUUCAAAAUUUUAGAAAAUGAAAGAAACUAAUCAUUUUGUUUUUUUUACAUGUCAUUUUUUCAAAAAAAAUAAAAGUCUCUUCCAUUUUGUUAUCCAAUAAAAAUGCUUAGC